UAGGAUAAUUGGCGUUCAAAACUAGAAAUACCAAAGAACAUAGAAGUGGAAAAGUCGAAGAAAAACAGAGAACAGAGAAGAAAAGGCGAGGAAGAAGAAGCUGAAGCAGGUGGGGAGACUGAGAUUGACCAAAUGGAAGUGGCCGGAGACAUGGAAGUGACCGGUGAUGUGGUGGUUUCCCAAGUGAUUUUCUUACCAUUGAAGCCCGAAGCAUUUAGUUUAUUGAUUUUACUUUGUAACAUCCUGUUAAACGAGCUACCAGGUGUUCUGUGGAUCUAUAGGACGACGGUCAGAACCCCCACAGGGGAAACUCUUUUCAAGCUAGCCUAUGGAAGUGAAGCAAUUAUACCUGCAGAAGUACAUAUGGCCAAUCACAGGGUAAUGAAGUAUCAAGACAAGGAUAACGAGGAACAACUCUACCUAAACGUAGAUCUGAUAGACGAGGUGAGGAUGGAUGCAAAGCAAAGGACAACAAGGUAUAAGAACCUCAUGGCUAAGCAAUAUGAUGCAAUGGUGAAACCUAGGUGUUUCAACAUAGGGGACCUUAUCUUGAAAAAGGGUCUCUUUGGCAACCAAAAACCUAGCUAAUGGGAAAUUGGAACCUAACUGGGAAGGACCCUACAAGGUUAUCAAUUGCAAAAGGCAAGGAUCCUACUACUUAGAGACCUUGGAUGGGAAGAAAUUGGAGUAUCCUUGGAAUGUAAGAAGGUAUUAUCAAUAAGAUAUCAGCCUAGACGAGCAUUAUCCUAGACGAGCCCAAGUGUGUUUUGUUUAUCUACAUGUUGUUAGCAUUAUAUAUGUUGAAUUAACUCCUUAAGGUUAUGUUAGUUUCUAAACUAUGUGGUGUGGACUAUGGACGAAG